GCGUAAAUGAUUCGUCAAUGUCUUACUAUCAACCACUCAAAGAUAUAAUGUCUUGUAAUCGGUACUAAACAAUAAAAACAAGAAGUUAUUGAUUUGCCAUCAUGCUGUUCAAGUUGAUCUUGUUUAUUGCUAUUGGCGUUGAUAGAGUUCAUCACUGUCUCGGCUAUGAACUCGUUACAAGAUACUCUGAAACACAAGAUAAACAUUCUCGGCUUGGUAUAUUUCAUGGGCAUGUAACAACGAUUCAGAAACAUCCUUAUUUGGUGGCAAUCCUGAAUAAUGGAUCUUUCUACUGCGCUGGCACGAUCGUCAAUGAUCACUGGAUCGUCACUUCUGCUGACUGUGCUAAUAAUUUUGAUGGGACAACGACAAUAGUGGCAGGUAGCAGUGACGGCUUGACGGGUUCGUCCUUCAUUAUAAACAGUGUAGUGCUGCACCCCAACUACGGUUCCUCGAUACUGGACUACGAUUACGCGUGUGUUCAAAUUGUUGGAAAGUUCAAGUGGUCUAAGAAAACUAAAGCUAUACACCUUCCAAAGAAGGAGCCUAAAGUUAAUACCACAAUGACGGUUGCAGGAUGGGGUGAUGAUGAGGUAGCCGGUAGAGUAGGAGAGAGAGCGCCUAACCCUCACCUGCUACAGGGAACUAUGACCUGGGUAGACAAACAGAUCUGCAACUCUACCUACAGUUGGGCCGGACUCACGUGGACGGACAGGAUGGCUUGCGCUUACAACCGGGGCAAAACAACUCUCUGUUCGGGGGACUGGGCAGAUGCGUUUGUACACAAGGGGGUGUUCUACGGACAGUUCUUAGCGGGCGGCAGCGGAUUUUGUAACUCCAACGCUCAACCUCUGAUCCUCGCCGACAUCUACCAGGUGGUCUCUUGGAUCAAACAGAUUACUGGGACUAAAUAAUCACUGUCUGCAUGUUUAAAAUAUAGUUUUUAUUAUGCAAGGUU